UCUGUUUGCCAUACGUAUGCGAGCUUUGAACCGAUAAACACGCGUCUGCAAAAUGUAUUCAAAAACAAUUUUAUCGUUUUUAAUUGUGUGUUUUUUAAGUGAUUGUACAUAUGGACAACGAGAUAAGAAGUUUUUUAGAAAGGAUUACACCUAUUUAGAAGGUUCUGAGAGUUUCUACAAGGUGCAUACACUCCACAAAACUUGGACGGAAGCUAAGAAAACGUGUAAAAUGGAAGGGGCCACACUAUACUACCCAGAAAAUGAAUUAGAAGCGAACACAGUUUUAUCAUUCUGGAACAGCACACAGCCAUUCCUAUACAUUUACAUUGGUAUAUCAGAUUUGGUCGCAAAAGGAGUUUUUGAAACAGUUGACGGUCUGCCAAUUUCCGACGUGUAUAACAAGUGGGGUCCAGGCGAACCGAACGAUGCCGGCGGUACUGAAGAUUGUGUAGUUCUAACUAAAGAUUCAGGACAUCUCAACGACGACAGUUGUUACAAGAAGUUCCCUUUCAUAUGCAAGAAAACCCUCGUGUCCUUAGAGUGGAACGAACAAUGUAAUAUGCCGAACAAAAAUUAUAUUUUCAACCAGCAACUUGGGCGAUGCUACCAGCUCCAUACAAAACCUUUGAACUGGACCGAUGCGCACGCCGCUUGCCAUGCUGAACAGGGGUACUUGGCCGUGAUCAACUCACAGGAAGAAGCUGACUACCUGGUACAGUUGACGCAAACCCCAGUCAAGAAGGUAUCUGGGAACUUCAUGAGGGGAGCCGUUCACUUGGGCUUCCAUAAUAGAGGCGAUGAUGGCUGGCAGACUGUUCGCGGUUCGGCUCUGGAGGACAGUGGCUACACAUUUUGGGGCAAUAACCAGCCCGAUGGCGAUGAUAAGGAGAAAUGUGGUUCCAUGUUCUACAACGGCCAUCUUAACGACAUCAGCUGCAGCACGAGAUGUUUCUACAUCUGUGAGCACGAGGUCGACACGCUCAGCAACAGCUUCGAUGACAGAUUCGGAAGUUUGAUAGUACAUUAGAUCUUGUGACCUUGUAAUUAAGUAACAUAUUCGUUUGCGGCUUUUUUUAAUAUAGUUUGUAUAAAUCUAUACAUGAUUCAGUAAA